UGUCGGCGUGCGGUCUGGGCUGUGCGGGGCGGAAGCGGGUGGCCGCGGUCCGAGGGCAGCCGCGCUGUGGGCGGGACCGGCCGAGCUGGAGGGCGCCGGGGAGCGGAGCGCGGGCGGCCCCCGAGGCCCGGGCGAGCGGGCUGCUGGGGGACCUGCGGCGGCGCCGGGGGAGCGCGGCGGGGAUGGGGCGCCGAGCCGGGCGGGGGCCGGGGCGUCGGCCAUGUUCGCGGGGCUGCAGGACCUGGGCGUGGCCAACGGCGAGGACCUGAAGGAGACGCUGACCAACUGCACGGAGCCGCUCAAGGCCAUCGAGCAGUUCCAGACCGAGAACGGCGUGCUGCUGCCCUCCCUGCAGUCGGCCCUGCCCUUCCUGGACCUGCACGGGACGCCGCGGCUCGAGUUCCACCAGUCGGUGUUCGACGAGCUGCGGGACAAGCUGCUGGAGCGCGUGUCGGCCAUCGCCUCGGAGGGGAAGGCGGAGGAGAGGUACAAGAAACUGGAAGAUCUUCUGGAGAAGAGCUUUUCCUUGGUGAAGAUGCCGUCCCUGCAGCCGGUGGUGAUGUGCGUCAUGAAGCACUUGCCCAAGGUUCCUGAGAAGAAGCUGAAGCUGGUGAUGGCCGACAAGGAGCUGUACCGGGCCUGUGCUGUGGAGGUGAAGCGGCAGAUCUGGCAGGACAACCAGGCGCUCUUCGGGGACGAGGUCUCUCCACUGCUGAAGCAGUACAUCCUGGAGAAGGAGAGUGCGCUCUUCAGCACGGAGCUCUCCGUGCUGCACAACUUCUUCAGUCCCUCCCCCAAGACGAGGCGCCAGGGCGAGGUGGUGCAGAAGCUGACGCAGAUGGUGGGGAAGAACGUGAAGCUGUAUGACAUGGUGCUGCAGUUCCUGCGGACCCUCUUCCUGCGGACCCGAAACGUGCACUACUGCACGCUGCGGGCUGAGCUGCUCAUGUCCCUGCACGACCUGGAUGUCGGCGACAUCUGCUCCGUGGACCCCUGCCACAAGUUCACCUGGUGCCUGGACGCCUGCAUCCGUGAGCGGUUCGUGGACAGCAAGAGGGCCCGGGAGCUGCAGGGGUUUCUUGACGGAGUGAAGAAGGGGCAGGAGCAAGUCCUGGGGGAUCUGUCCAUGAUCCUGUGUGACCCCUUUGCCAUCAACACCCUGUCGCUGAGCACCGUCAGGCACCUCCAGGAGCUGGUCGGCCAGGAGACGCUGCCCAGGGACAGCCCCGAUCUCCUCCUGCUGCUCAGGCUGCUGGCGCUGGGCCAGGGGGCGUGGGACAUGAUCGACAGCCAAGUGUUCAAGGAGCCGAAGAUGGAGGCAGAGCUCAUCACCAGGUUCCUGCCCACGCUCAUGUCCUUCGUGGUGGACGACCACACCUUCAACGUGGACCAGAAGCUCCCGGCCGAGGAGAAAGCCCCAGUCACGUACCCAAGCACGCUGCCAGAGAGUUUCACCAAGUUCCUGCAGGAGCAGCGCAUGGCCUGUGAGGUGGGGCUGUACUACGUACUGCACAUCACCAAGCAGAGGAACAAGAACGCGCUCCUCCGCCUUCUGCCGGGGCUCGUGGAGACCUUUGGCGACCUGGCGUUUGGUGACAUCUUCCUCCACCUGCUCACGGGGAACCUGGCACUGCUGGCCGACGAGUUUGCCCUGGAGGACUUCUGCAGCAGCCUCUUCGAUGGCUUCCUCCUCACCGCCUCCCCCAGGAAGGAGAACGUGCAGCGGCACGUGCUGCGGCUCCUCGUCCACCUGCACCACCGGGUGGCGCCGUCCAAGCUGCAGGCCCUGCAGAAGGCGCUGGAGCCCACGGGCCAGAGCGGAGAGGCGGUGAAGGAGCUCUACUCCCAGCUCGGCGAGAAGCUGGAGCAGCUGGACCAUCAGAAGCCCAGUCCAGCCCAGACUGCAGAGACCCCGGCCCUGGAGCUGCCCCUUCCCACUGUGGCCGCCCCAGCUGGGCUCUGAGGCUUCACCUGGGGCCCCUGGGGAGUGGACAGUGGACAGGGCCCCUGCUGUGGUCAGUGGCCCUGGCUGCCAGAAGAGGCUUCCUGGACCUGCAAGGCUGGGGCCCUGAGUCUCUUGGAGGCAGACCGGCUGCUCAUGGGGUUGGGGCUGGGCUACGCCGAGCCCCCUCGACCGUCCUGUGGGUGGGGCACCCCUCCUCUGGCCUCAGCCCUGCUGUGUCCUGGGAGGUGUGUGCUGUCCAUGCAAAUGGGACCUAUGUCCCUGCCCCUCAAGGGCUCCCGGCUGGCUCCGUGCAGCACAGGCCUUGCUCCGGGUCUGCGGUGCCCAGCCUGGCCCCUUGCACCCCCCUGCCCUGGAAAGCUUGCUCAUUCCUGCCCUGCAUUGUGGGUUUCCAUGCUGUGGGGGAGACAGAUGGGCAGUAGUUGGGAUUAGGAAAAAGCCACCUGUUCUCCAAGGGGAGAGGGUAGGGGGCCGAGGCUGAGGGGAAAGGGGCUGGGCCAGCGCAUUGGCACUGAUGGGCUAGAGCCUGUAGGAUGUCUGCAGAUGGAGCCCAGCUCCCUCCCAGGAGUCCCUGAGGUUUGACAGUGGAUGGUCUGCUGACCCAGCCGCAGGCAGAGAGGGCCGUCCCCCUCGCCACCAGCACCUGUGUAGCAGGGAUGGCUGAGGAAAGCCCAGGCCCCUCACCUGCUGCCUCAGUUUACCCUGGGAGCACUGUGCUCCUGUUCAGCUGCACCAUCUUGGUCAGGUGAGGGACAGCUGUCGCACACGUGAGGCUUUCACUCAUGUAAAUAAAAGGCAUUUUGGUAAA